AUGGCGUCUGAAAUUCAGAAUCUCAAUCCAACCAUCCUCAGUGCCGCUGAUCUUCCGACACGGCUACGCGCCUCCCCAUCCCACAAGCCCUUGGAGACCGGACUCUUCGCGGGAACCCUUCUGACACCGGCGGACACUCUCGACCUCUCUCCCCAGUCGUAUUCGUCCGGAGAGUCAGACACGGAAGGCGAUCUCCUGGAAGAACCGAUCGAUGAACAAGAAAUCUACGACCUCGUGUCCACCAUCUCGGACCCAGAGCACCCUAUCUCCCUAGGAGCACUAGCGGUAGUGUCACUUCCUGAUAUCGCAAUUAAGCCAACUCUGCCGAACGCGCCAGAGUCGCCGCUUCGAACCGUCACCGUCCUGAUCACCCCAACCAUCACCCACUGCAGUCUCGCCACCGUCAUCGGGUUGGGAGUGCGUGUUCGACUCGAGCAGUCCCUCCCACCUCGAUUCCGCGUUGACGUCCGGAUCAAGGAGGGAACGCACAGUACUGCCGACGAAGUCAAUAAACAAUUGGCGGAUAAGGAGAGAGUUGCGGCUGCAUUGGAAAAUGGAACCCUAAUGGGCGUCAUCGCCAAGAUGCUGGAGACCUGCCAGUAA